CCCAUCGAGUCCAUAAACCCUUACAUUUCCCCAAAACCCUAAACCCACCAUGCCUCCCAGAGCCGCCGCUGACGGCGACCUGAGGUCAGCAUUCAAGGCAGCGAAGCGAAUGAUCGUCUCCAGUACGCUGGGCCUUGUGAUUGAGCUGGUCUCUGAUUUCGAAAAGGUUGACGAGUUUCUGGGUGGCACACCUCUGCAGAAGGCCUUUGUUAUUUACUUUAUGUUCAUCAGAUUAGCACUCGGUAGUUUCAGCCUCUUCAACUUUGUGGUCAUUGUGUAUUCUCUGCCAUCGCGCUUCAGGAGCUUAAGGAUAGUAAUGUGUUUCUCGAGUUUCCUAUUUUGUGGAGCUAUUUACUAUGGACAGGUCAUUUCGACUUGAGACUUUCAGGUACUGCCAGGUUUGCAAUUUUGCACACUAUAUCGUAUAGGAAUAGAUUGGCGAGAAGCCAGAGCUUCGGGUUCUUUUGGUUUUAUCAGUACUCUGUACUCCGGUAGUAUUGGAAUUUUCGACCGGCACAUUAGUCUAACUUUAGCUUCUCUUUCUUUGGUAAUCUCUGUCGAUUAAUUUUCUGGUAAAUUUUGUUGAUAAAU